AUGGCGAACGCGGAAUUGGUAGACGCGGGAUGCUUCAUCACCCAGAUGAAUGAGUUGCUACUAAUAGACCCCCUAUAUAUAAAUUGUACCAUGACGAACUACUGCAAUAGCUACAUAAGUGGGAAGGAAAAACUGCUCCCGAGGGAAAGGUUAAAUGGGAUAUAUUUUAAAAACGCAAAGCCAGGGUUAUGGUCUUCCUUUGCUAUUCGUGAGAAUAACCAGGCCUGUUUGAAGAAGACAUCCAAUCAAGAAACCGAAACAGACGCAGAAAAUAGGAACAACAAUAACUCAUACAAUAAUGUGAGAAAUGAAAUGGUCUUGUCAUUCAUAUGUUUUAAUAACACAGAGUACAUGCACGAAUAUUUAACUGUGGAAAAGGUGGAUAAGUUAAAAUGGGAAAAAGUGAAGCCAAAUGAAAGUCACCUACGAGUUGGCCAAGCAGACCAGUAUAACAGCACUGUAAAUAUUGAAUAUAAAAAUGAGAAGACGGGAAUUUUUCAUCACAAUAAGAAUGAACUUCUUCCAUUGGAAAAUUAUUUUACAAAUGUUUUAACCAUCGAAAGUGGACAGGUUGGAUUAUUUUGCAUGGAAUCCAUAAAGCACAGCGCUGACCUGCUCUUUCAAAAGCACGAAAUGAAUAACAUUAGCAAUAAGGAAGAGCUAGAUAAUUUAUUCAACCAAAACAUGAAUGAUCUUUAUCCUUGGUUUGAGAAAAUUUGUAAUUUAACUCUUUCCUCCUCAGUCGCUGUGGUCGAUUUUAUUGAUAUGCCCAUUGGCUGUGUUUGCCUAUCCAGUUCAGACUGCGUUGUGAACUAUUUGUGCGAGGUAGUACGUGAUGAAGUCACCGACGAGGUGUGGGCCAUUCGAGUUAACUUCCUGUCGCCCUUGAAAUGA